AUGCCAAGACGUGGUCGUAUUCUCUUGGACCCUUGGACUUUGGACCCUGAAUCGGGAACCUCUGACAGCCUCACCAAAACGUUGCCGCCUGCAUCAACCCAACUGCCGUUAUUCACUGCCGAUGCAUAUGAGGCGGGGGAUGAGAGUUCCCAAUUGGAAAUGCUAAAAUCAACCUCGUCGACCUCCCUAGCGGACUUGGCACUGCGUGAGGUGAUCGUGCUCAUCGAUGGCGAACGCGAUGGUGAGGUCUUGGCAUCCCCCAUAUAA